GAACGCCUCACUGCGGUUCUCAGUCCAGCUCACGCAGCCACAUGGCCAAGCUACUGAUAAUCGCAGAGGUGUUCGCAUUCUAUGUCACUAUAGUGCGUGCACAAUAUAAUGAAGGUGAUCGCCACGGAGUUUCAGAGCCAAGCGACUUUGCCAUUGGAAGUGAUUCGGACUUCAGACGGCACAGUGAAAAAAUACAUGAAGACUAUUACAUUUCUAAGCACAUCAAUCAACAAGAUUUCCGGGGAGCAAGUGAUGAUAUAGCUCCCCAUUUCAUCAACCAUAUUGUCAAAACUUCGCGCUCCAGUUCAUAUCACCCAUCUGUAAUCUUAGACAGGAGUGCUAGAUCGGUUCCUAUAGCACCAAACUUACGGCCCCUUCCAUACAAUCCCAAUCUGAGACCUAUACCCUCUGACCCUAACCUUCAUCCCAUACCCUCAAGUCCCCCAAACUUAAAAAUGAUACCUUCAGAUCCAAAUAUUAGGCCUAUACCCUCUGACCCUAGCUUGCAUCCCAUACCCUCAGAUCCCAAUGUCCAGCCACUCCCAUCAGAUCCAAAUUUAAAACCUAUUCCUUCAGAUGCCAAUCUUAGACCUAUACCUACUGACCCUAACCUCCGCCCCAUACCGUCAGAUCCGAAUUUAAAACCCAUACCUGCAGAUCCCAACCUUAGACCUAUACCCUCUGACCCUAACCUCCAUCCCUUACCAUCAAAUCCCAAUGUCCGUCCGAUCCCUUCAGAUCCAAACCUAAAACCGAUACUUUCAGAUCCCAAUCUUAGACCUAUACCAUCUGACCCUAAUCUUCGUCCAAUACCCUCAGAUCUCAAUGCCCAGCCUCUACCUUCAGAUCCAAACUUAAGGCCCAUCAGUUGAAGUCCUGAUGUAUGACUAGUUUUUUCAGAUUAAAAUGUAAGAUCAAUCGUCCCCUAUCCCAGUGACUUAUUAAUCUCUAAAUAUCCUAAUUCAAAGUUAAUGUCCUUCCAUUAUAAUAUUAUAAAUAUACCUUUGCCAUCAUCGCUCCACAUCCCAUAUUGAGGCCUGUAGCCACAAUUCUUACGAAGGACCAAGUUCAUUAGCUCCCUGCGUCCAUUCUACACCCUCAAGCCAGUAUACCUGACCAUUACACUCUAUUGACCAUGUUCGUCCAUGAUUUAGUGACUUCAAAAAUUACUACGUUCUAUGUAGAAUAUUUUGAACUGUGUGACACAUUGAAUAUUUUCAGAAAUGUUGUGUAAUGUACCACAUAAAUAAUUUUAACUUUAUGCCGUUUAAACAA